CCUUCUCUGGCGACCACCUCAUAGGCUCUCUCUCUCUCUCUCUCUCUCUCUCUCUAUCUUUGAUACCCAAACAAAACACACGGAAAAGAAAAACCCACAAGCACGCCAUGGACAACAAUGUUGAGGAAUACCAGAACUAUUGGGAGACGACCAUGUUCUACCAAAAUGAAGAGCUCGACAGUUGGGUGGACGAGGCGAUAUCCGGGUACUACGACUCGAGCUCCCCUGACGGGGCGGCGUCGACCGCUGCUUCCAAGAACAUCGUGUCGGAGAGGAACCGAAGGAAGAAGCUCAACGAGAGGCUAUUCGCAUUGAGGGCGGUGGUGCCCAACAUUAGCAAGAUGGAUAAGGCAUCCAUCAUCAAGGAUGCGAUUGACUACAUCCAAGAGUUGCACGAUCAAGAGAAGAUCCAAGCUGAAAUUUUGGAGCUCGAAUCCGGCAAAUUGAAGAAGGGCUCCGGCGGCUACGACUUCGAUCAAGAUCUUCCUGCCUACUUGAGAUCAAAGAAGAAGAGAACCGACGCGUUCUACGACUCCGGGGGCUCCCGAAUCUCCCCCAUCGAAGUGCUUGAACUGAGGAUCACAUACAUGGGAGAGAAGACACUGGUGGUGAGCUUGACGUGCAGCAAAAGGACGGACACGAUGGUGAAGCUGUGCGAAGUGUUCGAGUCUUUGAAGCUCAAGAUCAUCACCGCCAACAUCACUUCCUUCUCAGGCCGGCUUUUGAAGACGGUCUUCAUUGAGGCGGAUGAGAAUGAGAAAGAGAAUCUGAAGACGAAGAUCGAGACGGCCAUCGCAGCGCUUAACGACCCACAGAGCCCUAUGAGCAUUUGAUCGAAUGGCAUGAGAAAACUUGCCCGAGAAACUCAUCUCUCUCUCUCUCUCUCUCAAUCUCUAUCUCUGUGUGCGUCUGUUGUCAUUGUUCCUCGGUAUUCUCUCAUCCGUGCCGCGAUGAAUGUAUUACCAGUUCCGUUACUAUAGUUACUCAAGAGUCGAGACUACUUGUAUGUUGCUCAGCUUGUCUUUGCAAAUCCCGAAGAAAAGAAAAAGCGAAAAAAGAGUGUUUCAAUGAAUACAGAGCGUAGAUUAGUUCUUCUUGA